GAGCGCUGCAAUUAUCCCCAUUUUCGUACAAAAGAAAAGCCCCCGCUCUUUAGCGACAGAGUAUUGAGACGGCCUGAAGACCUAAAAUUUGCAGUGUUUGAUUGUCGGCCGCCGAAUAAGAAUGGAUUCUCAGCCUGAGCCAGUCAGCUACAUCUGUGGAGAUUGUGGCCAAGAGAACACUCUGAAGCCAGGGGAUGUGAUUCAGUGCCGUGAAUGCGGUUAUCGUAUUCUCUACAAGAAGCGUACACGGAGAAUUGUCCAAUAUGAAGCUCGUUAAAGCCACUUCACAGGUCCAUCUAGCAACAUGAAGCAGCUCUCCCUGUAAUAUAGCUACCAAAUUGUUCCAUACAUGCUGCUGAGAACUUAAUCUGUGAGCUUUAUGUUCUAGACUUAAAUCAUUUGGUUGCCUAUGUGAUUUCACUAGUCUAUGCCGGGAUCAUUGACAACCAGCAGUAGAUAUAUUACAAGUUCUCUUAUCAGUAAUCUACUUGCUUGUUGCUAUUUGCUUUCACUUGUCUUGAAUUACUUAAUGCAUGGGAAUUCGAUCGGUGCA